AUGGGCUCAGCCGAGGUCCGGACUACGGCGACCGACAGCGGUCAAACAAGCAGCAUCAUACCUUCCGACGAUCACCGCGACUCACGACUCAAGCUUAUCCAGUCCAACCGCUGCCAGUACCGAUACAUUGACGAUGCCACGCAGUCCGAGUCAAGUGUGAACCUCCCCCGUCCGACAGAGGGACACGCCGCCAUGACCAACAACCGCGUCCCAAUCAACUACGAAGUCCCCUCGUUCCCAUCGCUCUACGACCCGCUCCCGACGCACCACCAGGAAGCAUACUACCUCUACUACACGAAGGACAUAUGGCGGUUCACGCUAUACUGGACAUUGGUGUUCUACGGCGCGACGCAUCUGACCGUCGCUGGGUGUGCGGUUCUGACGCAUUGUCGGAAUUGGAGUGUCAUUUGGCUGGUGCCAUUGUUGUAUAGUGUUGUUGCUGGGUUGGAGGGGUUGUUAGCUGGGAGUAUAGUUGGGCUUGUACUCGGUGCUGUAUACGAGGCGGGCAAUUUCCGAAUGUCGACUUGGUUGCCCAUGAUUUGGGGCGGUGUGAAUGUUAUGGUUCUUAUCGUGACGAGCUUUCCUAUACAGGGUGGUCUGUGA